AUUGAUUAAUCGAUUAUUGAAUUUCAACUUGGUAUCAUUUUAAUGUAUAUACUUAUAAAUACAAGAGAAACAAUGGCAUUGAAAAAGUCGAUGUAGUUGUGUAUUCGAAUGAUAUUUUCGAGUAGUGCAAAAACAAUGGUGCCAUAUAGAUUAGCGUUUUUACUCUUUACGGCGACGGUAGUGGUUGGUGUGAUGGAUACUAAAUACAGUUGGAUCUACUUGGACUACACCUUCUCCAGCCUUCAGCAACGUGAAUCAGCCAUUAGAUCCGGAAAGUUUAUACCGGAAAAUUGUGUCAUAAUAGACGUAGAUGUAUUUCAAGGUACAUCUGAAGAUAGAUUAUACUUCAACAGUGGCGGACCAUUCAAUUCUUUCCCUCCAAAACGUGUUUUUGUAUCUAUACCACGUAUUAAGACAGGUAACCCUGCUUCACUCGCAGAAGUAGUUACAGGGGAAUCUAAUUCUGCUUUGUUAGCACCAUUUCCAAACUGGAAAUAUCAUCAAUUUUCAGAAGAUAGACCACACUGUGAAAACUCAAUAAUCUCUAUUUUUAGAAUGAAGAUUGAUGAGUUAGGACGGCUUUGGGUAGUUGAUACUGGUAGAAUAAAUCAGUUUGCUUCAGAUGGUCGCUCAAUAUGUCCUCCGAAACUUAUGAUUUUUGAUUUGAAGAAUAAUGAUAAAUUAAUAAAACUUUAUACAUUCCCAUCAAAUCAAUACAGACCAGAAUCAUUGUUUACUAAUAUUGUAGUAGAUGUCGGAGAUAUUAAAGGACGGUCUACAUAUGCAUACAUUACUGAUACUACAGUUUACAAACUAAUAGUAUACGACUUUAAAAAUGACCAAAGUUGGGUUAUUGACCAAGCUUACAUGUAUCCAUAUCCCAACAAAGGACAUUUCAAUAUCAACGGGGUAACUUUUCCAUUGAUGGAUGGCGUAUUAGGACUUGCUUUAGGUCCUGUUAUAAAUAAAAACAGAAAACUGUACUUCCAUGCCUUUGCUAGUGUUAGAGAGUCAUGGGUAUAUACGAGCACUCUUCAAAACAGAUCAUUAUACGAAAAUGGCUUAGUUGAUGGUGCAGGAAUCUUCUUUACGUCUGCAGAAGUUAGACCAAUUCAAUCCAGCGUUCAAGCCAUGACAAAUGACGGGAUAUUAUUUUCAGCUAUGAUGGAUAAUAGUUUAGCUUGUUGGAACGCGGAAGAUCCUUUCUUGCCAUCUAACAUCAAUGUUGUGUAUAAGAACGACAAAGAAUUCCAAUUUCCUACUGGUCUAAAAGUUAUCGGUGACAAAAUUUGGGCAGUUACUGGACAGCUACAAAAUCAUUUUACUACAUUAGUGCAAGACCGUUCGGUUAAGUAUCGCAUCUUGGUUGGUCAAGUUGACGAACUUAUAAGAGGUUCUGUUUGCGAUAAAAGCAAAAUACCGGAGAUGGAUUAUUAUGUUGAAGACAUAGUUGCGCCUGCUAAAUUAUUUGAGAACAAUGCUAUCCAAGCCUUGAGUAAAUCGGCGAAUGGUGUUCCAUGGAGCUAUUCCAGCUCAUCUAAAAUCAUCGAGGACGUAGAGAAGACUAAUAUAGGGCCGGAAGCUGGUCGAUAUAAACGUAGAAUGGCAGUAGUCAUGACUGGAAAUACUAACUUACACGGUAAUAAAGACAGUCAGGCAGGAUCUUCUAAUUUACAAAAUUCAAUGUCUUAUGAUUGUCGAAUGAUAAUAGUUAACGGUCAACUAAUAAACCAAAAUUGUUCAGGCCAAGCUCAGCGCAAAAGAAACGAUAACCCUUUUAGUAAUUGGUCUUACACUUUGCAUGAAAACGAUAAAAUUACUUCUUGUUUCGCUUCAAUAAAUAAUUUGGAAUUAAACGCAUUAAAUAUGGCUGAAUACGACCAACUAUAUUCAUAUGUCUCACCUUCAAAUUACAAUUGGAUAAAUAAUAGUUUAUCCGACGCAAGCCAAAAUCACUAUCCGAUUUCUUCAACUAAUAUUUUGAUGCCAUGGUUGUUAUCAAUUUGGGUAAUGGGAAACAAAGCUCCAUCUCAAUGGUUAAAAAAAUCUAGAUCAUUGAAAAAAUUUAAAAAACCUAAUAGAAGUAAAUAUACGGGACUUCAGGAUUACUUUGUUUGGAAUCAAAUAGAUCUUGAAUUCCCUAAUGAAAAAUCAAGGAAAACGGCAAUAAAAUCAGGAGUAUUUAUCCCUGAAAAUAAUCUCCCACUUGGCUUAGAGAUUUGGAAAAGUAAAAUGUUUCUCAGUUUACCUCAAUGGAAAAACGGAAUACCAGUUACUUUAAGCUACGUUGAUUUAAAGAGCAGCUUAUCGUCUCCCAGGCUAAAACCUUAUCCUAAUUGGAACUGGUACGCCAAUAAAAGUGAUCGAUGUCAAGGUUUAGUCUCAGUGUUUAGGAUGGAAGUAGAUAAAUGUAAUAGAUUGUGGGUUUUGGAUACAGGUGCUAUUAACUUGGCGAAUCAAGUAGACCAAGUUUGUCCAGUAAAGUUAGAUGUGUUUGAUUUGAAAACUGAUCGUCACAUAAGACGUUUUCCCUUUCCUACAGCUCAAGCACCUAAAAAUUCAUUGUUUACUAAUAUCGUGGUAGAAGUUGUUAAUAACGACUGUGAAAAUGCUUUUGCAUACAUGUCUGAUGUCUUUCAGUAUGGUCUAGUGGUUUACAGUUAUAAGAAGGAUGCUUCACGAAGAAUUUUCCAUCCAUAUUUUUAUCCAGAUCCAUUACAUUGUCGUUAUGAGAUAGACGGUAUUACAUUUCACUGGGUAGAUGGUAUAUUUGGUAUGUGCCUAUCAGCUGGCUCAAACAAUAGAAUUUUAUAUUUCCAUGCCAUGUCCAGUAACAAUGAAUUUUAUGUUCCAACGUCAUCACUACGAAAUGACUCCCUCGGAAGUGAUAUACUAGAUCACUUUGUUUCAUUUAAUGAUUCUAGAUGCCAUAAACAUCAGUCCUGUCAAGCAUCUGCGUCUACUAUGGACCCUAACGGAGUGAUGUAUUAUAAUAUAGUAUCUACGGGAAAAGUAGGCUGCUGGAAUACAAAACAAGAGCUUAAUCCAUACACUCAAGGUAUCAUAGACCAAGGUUUAACUCAAAUAAGUUUUCCCAAUGACAUAAAAGUUGAUAAAGAUUCAAAACCAAAAAUUUGGAUGCUCAGUAAUGGAUUACAUAAAUAUUUGUAUAAUAAAAUGAACCCGAAUGAAAUUAAUAUUCGAGUGAUGAUGGCAUUUACCGAUAAAGUAACCAAAGGUACAGUUUGUGAUCCAACAUUGUAAGCUAUAUGAUUAGAAUUAAAUUAAGUUGCCAAAAUAGUGCUUAAAGAAUUAUUGCUCAAUAUAAUUUCUAGGCAUAUGCUGUAGAGUUAAUUAAAAAACUCUAAUAAAAAACUAAAUUAUACGCCAAAAUCAAAUUUUAUUUUAUGGAAAUAAU